CCUCCCCCCCCCCUCCCUUUCUCCCCCUCAGCCACACACGCAGCCAUGUGGGACACUCUCGUCCACUACACGGAGGCCUACGUGACCACGGUUCAGGCCAUGGCCGAGCCGUUCACCCCUCCGCCCGUUCUCUAUGUCCAGCGGAUCCUCUCCAAGUACGCGGACACCAUCGGCGUGCCGACCGACCAGCUGUCCUUCCUGCUGGCGGCCGCCGGCACCCUGUUCGUGGUCGGGCCGAUCACCCGGUUCCUGCCCGGGCCGCCGCUCGUCCGGUCCCUCUGGGGCGCCCUGACCGGGCUUUUCUUCUGCCUGCUGGUGAUCGGCUCCAACUGGGCCCAUGUCGCCAUCUCGGCCUUCGUCAGCUACGCCAUGAUGUGGUUGCUCCCCAUUUCUAUCAUGCCCUACGCCGUGUUCCUCUUCGAGCUGUUCUACACCUCGCUCGGCCACAUCCACCGCAUGGCCGUGUCCAGCGCCCCGCUCAUCAUGGACAUCACCGACGGGUCGUCCUCCGCCGCGGCCACCGUCCCGACCGCCUUCGACUUCUCCGCGCCCCAGAUGAUCCUCAUCAUCCGCAUGACCUCCCUCGCGUGGUCCAUCUACGAUGGCCACCGGGUGCGUGUUUUCAAUGCGGCCCUCGCCGAGUGGAAGGUCCGCUUCGCCCGCGAUGCCAGCACCCCCGAGGCCCUGGCCGCCCGUGCCAAGAUCGACCGCAUGGAGCCCUCCCCCUCGCAGGUGGUCCGUGCCCUGCCCUCGCCUCCGAAUGUCCUGCACUUCCUCGGCUUCAUCCUCCACCCGGCCUCCUCCUUCUGUGGCCCGGCCUUCGACUACCAUGAGUACAUCCAGUCCAUCAGCUUCGCCAAGGUCCGGCCGGAUGGGUCGCCCGCUCCGACCGUCAACUACCUGCGUGCUCUGCGCCAGAUGGCCGUGGCUCUCUUCUUCGGUGGGCUCUUCUUCAUCGGCGACAAGUAUGCCCCGGUGGCGGACCUCUACCGCCCGGAGCUGGCCCAGCAGGGCAUCCUCUACCGCAUCGGCCUGCUGUACUCCUCGCUGCUGGUCCAGCGCUCCAAGUACUACUUUGCCUGGCUCCUGGCCGAGGCCUGCUGCCUGGUCAGCGGCUUCGGCUACUACGCCAAGGGCACCGAGGAGCGCUGGGACGGCGUGGAGAACGCCAAUGUCGGGGAGUUCGAGCUCGGCACCUCCAUCCGUGGUCUGUCGGUCGGCUGGAACAAGUUCACCUCCAAGUGGCUGCGCACCAGCGUGUAUGACCGCGUGCCGCCGGCCUGGGGUCUGGCCGCCACUUACAUCGUUUCGGCCUCCUGGCACGGCUUCUACGCCGGCUACUACCUGUUCUUCUUCUCGGCCGGCUUCAUGCAGGUCAUCAACCGCGAGUUCCGCCGGAAGAUCCGCCCCCGCAUCAUCACCCCGGGCUCCACCCCCACCACCCAGCUCCUGUAUGACAUCUUCACCUGGGCCGCCUCCCUGCUGGCGGUCAGCUACCUGGCGGCUUCCUUCGUCGGCCUGACCCUGGAGGCCGGCCUGACCGUCUGGUCGCACUUCGGCUACAUGGGCCACUACCUGUCGCUGGUCAUCUGGGUGGUGCUGAAGCUCAUCCCCCCGCCUCCGCGCACCGCCGCGGCCCCUGGCGGCCCCAAGAAGCCGGUGGCUGCCGCCGCCGCCGCCGCCGAUCUCACCACCCCCUCGAUGGCCAAGGCCGCCACCAUCAAGGCCGAUUAAAGCGAGGAGCCCAAAGCCAGGCGGGAUGGUGCC